CGAGUAUUAGGAAGCCAAAGUAAGAAUUUCUGAAUUUAUGCAACGCUUAUUUAAUUAGCCACCAAGAACAAAUAUAUUGUGGACCAUUCACCGGAGAUAAGAAGUGAUCAAAAGUGAUGCGUGUUGUAAGUGGACUUCUACAUGACGAGCUGAGGUGUUCUGUUUACUUUUGUUUUCUGCGACUUGUCUUUCUUUCACUGAAGCAAUAUUAAUCAUAAUACUUAUUUGAACUUACACACAACAUUUUAAAGGGAAAUCCAUGCUAAAACGAUUGGAGUUUUAAAAAAUUCGGAAAUCAGGAACUCAGUACGUUGUAAGCUUACGUACGACUUCCGUUUGGAACGGAAAAGCGGAAAUUUCCUUACUAGUAUAUUUUUCAAAAUUUUCCAGUUUCCAACCUCUGAUCAGCCGAAAACAAUUACGGGAAAUCAAAUAAUUAUAAAUGCGUAAAGCGCCAUCCCGGGAGCGCCAUCUCGUUCGUCUGGUCCAGCUGAUUGAUUCCGACGCUGGACCCUACCCUGCUAGACCCUACCCUACUCUCCCCACCCCCGCCUCUCCCCCCACGUUCAAGAACUCGCGCGACGCGACGGCUGUGUUUAUUUUCUGGGAUCACCGUGAGUAUGUUUCGUGGUCGUCUAGCAUUCAGUGAACUUGUGUUGCAAGAAAAUGUCUGCGAAUCGUUUUAAAGUGUCAAAGGCUGAUACUGAUGGAACAAAAGAGACCAAGGAAACCUAUAGACGAGUGAAUCUGUCAACGGAUAUUCAAGUGAAUAUUAUCGAGCCCUCGCCAGAGAGAAAAGCAAACAAACAAGGUAACUUUGUGGCUGGGAAAGCCGGGAAUUUAGCAUUAUACGAGGAUGAAAUCCAAAAACGACCGAGAAUUUCAACACUGUUGGAGAGUUUAUCAAGAUACGAAGCAGUCCUGUCUCCUCAACAAGAUGACGAAGAAGGAGAGGCGAAAACUGCCAAAUCUUCUCAGGUACGUGUAUAUAAAAAAGUACUUUAUCGUCAGAACAAAGCAAAGUCGAGUUGUGUAUUUAUUCUGGUUAUGCAAAUAUUAAGCUAUGGCUUUGAAAAUAUCCUGAAUUAUUGAUAGAUUAACUUACUGUUUGAUGGGUCAAAAGUUCGCGAUGUUUAAUAUUUCGUGCAAACAUAUACAAACCCUUUGAAAGCAUAAAGAAGGUCGUGUAAUCUUGACCAAGCUUAGACUCAGCCAUUGUCUCUGGGCAUUGUCUCGCAUUGCCGGAUUAGUAUUAACGUAGACAAAGCAGAGCUUUUUAGGGAUUUAAGUUUUGUAUGAAUUUUAGAUCAACAAUGGUCCUACAAGCUUAAUGACGUACGUACAUGUGUAUAUGCCUUUGAAUAAUUAUUCGUGGUGUACUUUCACAAAUGUCAUAGACCCUAUUCAUAAAUGGCUGCCAAUUUAAAAUUCUUCUGUAAGCAUUUGAAUUAGCCCAAGUAACGUCGUUUGAGAGUAAAAAUUCUUUUGAAUUAUCAACUCAAAAAUGAGGUUAGUUGUGCAAAUUUUAAUACUUACAAAAUAAUUUUUAAUUGGCAGGCAUUUAUGAAUAGGGUCUAUUAUCUGUCAAUACAAUCAUUAUGAUGGCAUUCUG